GAAAAGGCAAAGGAGGUGAGUGGGGCGCAGAACAGAAGAGAGGAGAGGGGGAAGAAAAGAAUUGAAGUUGGAAGACGAAGAAGAAGUAGAGGAGAAAGAUAAAGGGAACUUCGAGUUUCUGGAAUUGCAAUGGACGUGAUAAAGACGCAGCAAAUCUCAUCUCGACCAAUCGAGAAGGUCGUGGUUCACCCGCUCGUGCUUCUUAGCAUCGUCGACAACUACAAUAGAGUCGCCAAGGACACGCGCAAGCGCGUCGUCGGCGUUUUGCUCGGCUCUUCUUUCAAAGGCACCGUUGACGUUACCAACAGCUACGCCGUGCCGUUUGAAGAAGAUGACAAAGAUCCUAGCAUCUGGUUUCUGGACCACAAUUACCAUGAAUCAAUGUUUUCCAUGUUUAAAAGAAUAAAUGCAAAGGAGCAUGUUGUGGGGUGGUAUAGCACAGGUCCAAAGCUGCGUGAAAAUGACCUUGACAUUCAUGGCUUAUUUAAUGAUUAUGUUCCAAAUCCUGUCUUGGUUAUCAUUGAUGUUGAACCCAAGGAAUUGGGAAUCCCAACAAAAGCAUAUUACGCUGUUGAAGAGGUUAAAGAGAAUGCCACCCAAAAAAGCCAAAAGGUCUUUGUACAUGUGCCAUCGGAGAUUGCAGCUCAUGAAGUUGAAGAAAUAGGAGUGGAACAUUUACUUAGAGAUGUAAAGGAUACAACCAUUAGCACCCUUGCAACUGAGGUAAGUGCAAAACUUACAGCCUUGAAGGGUUUGGAUGCUAGACUUAAAGAGAUAAGGAGUUACCUUGACCUUGUUAUUGAUGGAAAGCUUCCAUUAAACCAUGAGAUCCUGUACCAUCUGCAGGACGUGUUUAACCUGCUACCAAAUCUUAACGUGGCUGAUCUUAUCAAGGCGUUUGCAGUGAAAACCAAUGAUAUGAUGCUGGUAAUAUACCUCUCGUCUCUCAUUAGAAGUGUAAUUGCACUCCACAACUUGAUUAACAACAAGAUGCUUAACAAAGAACACGAACGGGCAGAAGACUCAAAGUCAGUUACAGUGCCGAGUGCAGCUGCAUAAGUUUUGAUGGAUUGUGAUAUUCGGAACUCAAUGUUAUUGAAUACUUGGAUUGAGAUUGUUAACACUUUUUUUUAUUACUUUUGUCGGAUUAGAGAACUUACACCUAACAUGGCAUAAUGAUCCUUUUAUGCUUGUUCCGGUGUUCCAUGUAGUAUACUCUUCAUUACGUUGCUCAUUUUCUUUGUUUGGUAGUUUUGGAAACGACUGUUAAAGAAUUCGUUAUUAAAACAAAUUAAGAUUUCAGAAAUUAAUGUUUU